GGAGGAGACCCGGCGGGUGAGCUUCCCGCUCCGGAACCCGUGCGACGCGCUGCUCGAGGCCGCGGGAGAAGACACUGGCGACUUCCUCGACGCCCUCACCAGCGCGCUCUCCGGGCACCAGGAGCUGCCCGCGACCCGGUCGCUGCGCCACCUGCAGAGCUCGACGCGAUGUCCCUUCGGCGCCGCCUCCGCACACUUCACGCUCGCGGCGUCCUUGAACGCUUGUCCGGGAGGCGCGGGCCACAUAGCGGGCGCGCCCAGCAAGCUGUCCAGGGGCAGCGGGGAGCUGCUGGGCGAGGGCCAGGGCCUCCUCGCGCAGGGCUGGCCGCCCCUGCGGCGCUCGCUCUACGACCUGGUGACGACGCGCUGGCCCGUGUGGCGCGCUCUCGAGCGGGUCACCUCGCCCUGCGCGGAGGCGCGCAACGCCCCGCCGCGGCGCGCGCCCGACGUGGAGCUCGUCUUCUGCGGCCGGGCGUGGCCGGGUGCGCAGGAGGCGCUGGCGGAGUUCUCCAUGGCCCACGGCUGGAGGGGCCACGUGCUGCGCGCGGACCCGCGCGCCUGCCCCGCGUUCUUCGCGAGGGCGGCCUCCGGCAUGCGCGACGGCGCCGUGGUCGUCAUGCUGUCGCCGCUGCUGCACGC